UUGCAGGUUUGAGUUAUAGCCAAUGGAAACGUUGGCUGGUGUGCGGUUGUUCGACCCUAAAUCCAUGCUAGGCUACGGUUUCACAUGCCAGCUGACAGCUGUCAAGAAUCUCAAGCUACUGUAUGGUACACGAGAGCCUUUUACUGGCUACCACAUAGUAUCAAAAAUCAGUUCAUUGAAGAAAGAUGGCGCUGAUGGGAAUUCAGCUGGUAGUCAGCUUGCUGGCUGCUAGCAUAAUGCAGAGGAUGGCCCCCCAUUGCUCUUUUGCACGCUGGCUUCUGUGCAACGGCAGUCUGUUCCGGUUCAAACACCCUUCCGAAGGAGAGCUGUGUGCGUUGGCAGGGAAACAGAUGCCAAAGCCGAAUAGGAGAGACAGGAGACAGAAUGGGGAAAACAAGCCUCUUACAGUGCCUAAGGACAUCGACCUUCACCUGGAAACAGCUCCUGUCAACGUCCUUGACGCGCUUGUGCUGAGGUUCUUCCUGGAGUACCAGUGGUUGAUAGACUUUGCGGUGUAUGCCACAGGAGUCUACCUGUUCACUGAGGGCUACUACUGCAUGGUAGACGGCAGCAAGGAGGUCAACAUCGGGGUCAUCUGGUGUGUGCUGACCAUCUUUUUUUGUCUGAAGACCCUCCACAUCCUGAUGAGCCACUACUUCCGGUCCGACGAGGGGGGCGAGCGCUCCGUGUGCCUGGCCUUUGGCUUCCUGUCCCUGCUGGUGGCCAUGCUGGUGCUGGUGGUCCGGGAGGACUACCUGGAGUUCGGCCUGGAGCCUGGGUUCACCAGCCUCUUCGACAACCUGGAGGUCUUCGCCAAACAGCAGGGCUACGCCGAGUGGUCAAUCCCAGUGACUAAGCUGACGCUGAAGUUUGGUUUGGCUGCCAUCUGUGCUUUUAUUGGUGCACUGCUGGCCUUCCCCGGACUGCGAUUGGCUCAGACCCACCUGGAUGCCAUCCAGAUUAACUCUGAUCGCCCCCUCAUCCAGAUUCUGCUGCACACUGGCUUCCUGGCUCCGGUCGUCGUAGUGGUCCUGUGGAUCAAACCCAUCUGUCGUGACUUCCUGGCAAACGCCCCCAUGGGGAAGACCUCAGUCACCCUCAUCCCCAGCGCUGCCUUUGACUCUGUGCGUCUCUGGACGGUGGUGGUGCUGUGCGUGUUGAGGCUGGCCCUCACCCGCUACCACCUGCAGGCCUACCUCAACAUCUCCCAGAAGUGGGUGGAGCAGAUGAAGAAGGAGGCGGGCCGCAUCGCCGCCAUCGACAUCCAGAGAAAGGUGACUCGGGUAUUCUGUUACCUGACCGUGGUCACUCUGCAGUACCUGGUGCCCAUUCUGCUGGUCCUCUUCUCCACACUGGCCCUCAAGGCUUUAGGCGACUUCUCCUGGGGCCUGGGUGAGGACGUCCCCGGGGUGACCCCCGCCGUCGUGAUCCCCGCCCCCACGCCCGUGCUGCCGGGCCUGGAGGAGGACGAGGAGGGCGUGGAGGACAUGGAGGAGGAGGUGCAGGCCACCGUGGCCCACUUGACCGAGGCUUUCGGGGCGCUGCGCGCGCUCCUCACGCCCAUCUUCUUCAGGGGCAUCUUCGCCUUCCUCACCUGGUGGGUGGCCGCAUGCCAGGUCAUCAGCAGCCUCUUCGGCAUCUACUUCCACCAGUACCUCAUGCAGAACUGAGGGGUGAGGCGGAGGAGGACAGGAGGACAGGUAGAGCCAGCUGCUUAAGUCUCUUGGAAGAAGAAGAAAAACCUCACCAACCAGCACAGGGCCUGGACAGAUUUCAAACGGCGCGCGCGCAGGUCGAAGUUCAAAACGGAAGAGACACGAGGCGGCGUGGGUGAAUCGGAUGAGGGCGUCUCUCGGUUCUGUGAGCAGAGAGGUGACCUUCAUUACUUUGCUCUUUCCAACCUGGUUUGCACCCGUUUUUCCCCUGUAGGCCCUGAUGGUCGGUUUCAUCUUGACCAGGGGAGCAGGGUGUCUACCUGUAGCUGGUCAUUAUUGGAGCGCUGUGACUUGCACUGGGGACUGGUCUCCUGUUAGACGGUGCCUCAGGAAACUUAAACACCAGUGUUAACCUUUUCAGUUUAAACACACAACACUGAACGCUGCAGAUAAGACGUCGCUCUAAAGAAGGGCACCUCUAUUCUCAUCCAGUACUCAAUUCAGCCUUUCAUUUACAAGAAGUUUGUGUUUGUUUUUCUCUCGUCAGACAAAGGAGUCCUUAAUGCCUUGUUUUUGGUGUAUUAUUGUAUCUUUUGUUCUCUGCCUCCUCCGCCCUGAUUGUAGUGAAGCGAGUGGAGCUGAGCUCCAGUCUGUCGAGAAAGAUGUUCACACAUCGAUUUAACCGAGUCCUGACCUCCUCACAGUCCUGCAUCAUUUAUACUCAUCUGACUCCGAAGCACUGAUAAGGAGUUAUGGGAUUUACGUGUUGAAAGCGUUCAGUUAAAUAAUUUUUAAGUGCCUGGGAACUCAGGGAUUAUGAGUCGAUGCUAAAAUAUCAAUUUUCUUGCAGUGUUUUGGGUUUUUUAGACUUGAGUAGAAACUGCAGUUGUAGCUUAGGCUGCUUUAUGUGGUUUUGGCCUGACAGGAUUUUCAAACCAUCUUUCGUUCUCAAAUGAGCCCUAGUUACUGUAUGGUUUUGUUAACAUUUAGUUAGAAAGCCAUUUUUAUUUGCUGCCAAACAAUCAUGUUAAAAUUAGGUGUCAUUCUAAAACAAGUCUUGCUUUCACUUUUGUGUCAACGGUGUGUUUUGUAUUUAUUUAUUUCCCAUUGCCACUAAUGACUUCUUUAUUUGAAAUGUUUGAGGAUUAUAUCUGUAUUGUAAGUUGGGGGGUUCCUUUGUGGAACAUGAGUGGGAUUUGUUGUCAUUUCAGUAGUCAUGUUGUGAGGUUUGUGUGACGAUCCAGGUCGAGAGAAAGUUUGAAUGCAUGGUGUGAUCUUUUUAGUUUUUAGUAAAUUGUUUGAUUCUUGUGUGUCUUAGAUCAAACAGAAAUUGAAUCCUUUAAAUUAAAAACAUUUGUUUGACCUUUUAAUGCAUCAAUAAGUAAAGUGCAUUUGAUUCUUA